UUCAACAUCUUGACGGAUGAGUACUGAGUUAGUCAGUUACUGAGUAGAUUAUUAAGAUAUCUAUCUAAUUUCUAAAUCUAUAUAUAUAGAUCUAUCUAGAUUCUAAAUCUAAGAAGUAAGAGUAAUAGAUCUAGAUCUACUAGACCUAAAAGCAACUAAGACUUCUUGAACACUUUCACCAAAGAUGUUUUCACUCCAUCAAGGACAUAUGGUGGCAAGACCGCGAUGUUCCAGCGAAACACCGAAACUGUGAUGUCAACAAGAGAAUCUGUUCAAGAUAACACUUCACAACAAUACACAGCAGAAACUACAGUUAUUAAAAUACCCAUGGUCAGACCCAAUCCUGGCUUGCUUAAUGUGAUACACUUGAAUGGUGGCAAAGGAGAGGUUUUCACAAUGCAGGAGGUGACCCAUCAUGUGAUACAGUACAUUAAGGACAGGGCUCUAUAUGACCCUAACAAUGUAGCUGUUGUUCAUUGUGGGGGUGAUCCUCUGGGCACUGCUUUGAAUGUCAAUACAUUUACAAGAAAUGAAGCAUUAGGUUUAAUCUGGAAAAACUGUAUCCCAUUGCAAGACUCUGCCCUUCACAUACAAAGACAUGCAGUAAGUCAAGAAACAUCCAGGCCUAAUAGACAGGAGUCUGAAAGAAACACAUUAUCUUCUCUGGCAGCAAGUAAUGCUUGUUCAGAACAGAAAUUAGUGAGUCAACCAUCAGUUUCACAAUCAGCAGAUACAUCAUCGUCAGCAUCAACCCCAUUGACUGCUCCAUCCUAUAGUCAUAAGGCAGCCAAGGCCACAGUGAUCAUCCAUGACAGUGAAAUUGAGAAAUGUUUCAGUGAUUCAAUGGUCAGUUCCUCUGAUGAGAGUCUCUACUCCAGAGCCAAACAUCCUAAGCGGCGGAGAACUAGCAGCAGCACCUCAAUCAAUGUUCAAAUUGAUGAGCCAGACAGAGCCGGUGGUUCAUGGGAGUGUCAAGUCGUAUUUGAGGCCAAUACUGACAACACAAACACUCAAAAUGAUACAGUGGUAGUUGAAUAUGAUUCAGACUCUUUUUCUGUGGAAUAUGAAGUGGAGUCCAGUUCAGACAACAGCCCUAUGGAUGGACCUCUGGAGGUCUCAGGAGAGUCUGAUGUUAGCAGUUCAGCGGCAAAAGAUGCUGCACUGGUGAUUGUGUGCGAGACUGAUGUGGAAUACUUAGCAGACUACAGUGACUCUGAUAAUGAGAGUGAGACAGAACUUACUGAAGCUGACAAGUGGUGCUGUGAGUACUGCAAACUGAAAAAUCCACCAUUCCAGAGAAAUUGUGGGGGCUGCUGGAGUGUUCGACCGGAUUGGCUGCCACAAGUAUCAAACAAUAGUACUGAUGAGACCUGCGCUCCUAGCCAGGAUAGUAUUACCACAGAGGAUGCAAGCUGCUCCCAAAAUAGCAACUUAAACCCUACACCCUCAUUGAAAAUGCAAGACUGUCCCUCCUCCGAUUCAGAAUCCAAACAAGACAUUGAGGUGGAUGGGGAAGGGUGCACAGAGAAAAACAAUUCUGACCUGUGUGUGAUUUGCUACUCACGCAGAAAGACAGCCAGUCUUGUUCAUGGCAAGACAGGACACCAAGCCUGCUGUUAUAAAUGUGCAAAGAAAUUGAAAAAGCAGCGCAGGCCAUGUCCAAUAUGCAGAAAGCCAAUACAGAAAGUGAUUCGAAAUUUUAAUGUGUAAAAUUAGCAAUUCUAAAUCUUAAAAGAUGGAUACUCAACUACAGAUUUUUUCUCUAAUGUUAAGCAAUUGUUUUUUUGUUUUUUUUUGUGUUUCUGUAAAUAGAAAGAUAUUUCUAUUUAUGGUAACUGUUUGACACACUGGUCUGUUCAUAAUUGAUAUUGAUCUAUGUUUAUCUCCUAUAUGUGCUGAAGACUUGUUAUUUAUAUUAUAAAGUAUAUUUAACUAUGAAGGAUAUUUGCAGCAGCAAAGUGUUUUUGUUUUCUAAGCUGAAUUUUAUAUAUUUUAUUUAAACUAAUGUUAAUAUGGACAAACACUGCAAUGCAAUGUUUAUAUAAGAUACUUCUAAUUUUUGAAAGCCUCCACAGAUAGAUGCCUUAUUGUUUGGUUGUGCAAUGUAAAAUCCUUUUUUUUUUGGCAGACUAAAACAUUAAAUACCUUGAGUACUGGAAGGGUCGACACACUUAUUAUCUACCAAUCAGUUUGAUGUGUAGAAAAAGAAAUGAACAUAAUUCAUGACAGGUGCAUGUAGCAUAAAUAGAACUGAAAUUGACACCCAAGAAAACAAGUCUCUGAAAUAGUACACUUCAUCUUCAGACUUGGAAACAAUGUCCUAUAAUUUUUUUUUUUCUUCUUAUUUCUUAGAAUCAAUAAAAAUAAAAAUUUUAUUUCUAUACAAAUGUAAUAUAACAUUUUAGUAGCAGUAAAACAGAACUUAGAAUGCCUAGGAAAUCAAGAAUGCUUUCUUAUAAAGUAAGAUUGAAAUUCAAGAUUGAGAAAGAACAUUAUUGUUUUAGUUUGUUCAUAAUGUAACCAGUUUUAAAUACAAUUUGAAAAACAUACCAAAUAUGGAAGCAUAAAAACAAACUAAAAACCUUCCAUAUAGUUUUAGUAUCUUAUCAUAAUGCUAGCUGUAGUCUUGUUCUUAGGAUUUUGUUUCAAAUGUGUACUGUAAUUGUUGUGAUCAGUUUGUUUCAAGUGUGUACUGUAAUUGUUGUGAUCAGUUGGUUUCAAGUGUGUACUGUAAUUGUUGUGAUCAGUUGGUUUCAAGUGUGUACUGUAAUUGUUGUGAUCAGUUUGUUUCUAAGUGUGUACUGUAAUUGUUGUGAUCAGGUUGUUUCAAGUGUGUACUGUAAUUGUUGUGAUCAGUUGGUUUCUAAGUGUGUACUGUAAUUGUUGUGAUCAGUUUGUUUCAAGUGUGUACUGUAAUUGUUGUGAUCAGUUUGUUUCUAAGUGUGUACUGUAAUUGUUGUGAUCAGUUUGUUUCUAAGUGUGUACUGUAAUUGUUGUGAUCAGUUUGUUUCAAGUGUGUACUGUAAUUGUUGUGAUCAGUUGGUUUCUAAGUGUGUACUGUAAUUGUUGUGAUCAGUUUGUUUCAAGUGUGUACUGUAAUUGUUGUGAUCAGUUGGUUUCUAAGUGUGUACUGUAAUUGUUGUGAUCAGUUUGUUUCAAGUGUGUACUGUAAUUGUUGUGAUCAGUUGGUUUCUAACUUUAAGACACAAAGAAAAGGUGAUGUCUACUAGCAAUGUUGGUAAGAAUACUUUAGCUUGGGGCUUGCUUUAGAAUCCUUUUGCUUGUAAAGACAGUAACUGGGUUUGAAGUGUUAGUUUUUGAAAGCCAUGCUGUAGUCCUAUUGAAUGUGCAACAUUUUUGCCUGGUCUUUGACCUAUUUCUGCUUUUUGCAUUAUGUGUAAAGACAUGUAACCUGCGCACAUCAUAAUCAUCGGACAUUAUAUGGUUAUAUAUAUGUAUAUUAUAAUAAUAAAAUGCAGACUGCCGCUUACCCUCAGAAUAUCUAGCCAGUAUUUUAUUAGUUUUAUCUAUAAAUUAUGUCACUUGUAGAGAACUUAUUUCACAUCACCAAACUUGGAUCCAUUUUUUACUCUAAAUGCUACUUUGCUGUUUAUUUAGUAGUCAUUUCAAUUUUUAAAAUACUUUACUUGAAGAACUGGAAUAUACUCUUUUUAAGAAAAUCUCCAAAUAAGAGUCUUCUUAGAUCACAGUUUGAUAAGUUGUUUUUGAACUUGGAUAGAUCAAUUGCAAUUGUUAACAAGGCUAGAUCUCUGACCCUGCCAGUCAUCCUUCUCCACUAGAACAUUUGGCAGGCCCUUGGUCUCUGUAUAGGUAACUAUCAUUUAAUCUGAUUAGUCUUGACAACAGUUGUACAAACAAAACAACUUAUUAAAUGUUAUGAUUUCCAUUGUACCAUGUCAACAUGACCUUACCUGACAACUCUUAGCCCCUGUGAAACUGUGUUUCUGACCAAAGUUUGAAUGUAUUUAACUUUGUUUCAGUGAGUAUGUGAGACUGGUGUGUGCACUGAGAGCUCAGCGUGUUGGUCAUUUUAUUUGUAAAUAUUUGUUUUCAUAAAUUGUUACAGUCUCUUGACUUAUUCA